GUGUGGCAUUAUCAUCAAUUGGCUUAUUCCCACAGAAUUCCAGCCAGCCCCGGGGGUCCUCAUAACGCCACGGAUUGGUGGUACGACCCCACCCCACACAUACACCCACGCACAACCAACCUCGCAUUGAGGGGCAUGGAUGGGCCAAUCCCGGAGGAAAUCGCUGAGCAACGUGAUUCCUGUUUGGGCCUGGCGCCUGGCACGCCGUGCUCACGAGGUGCAAUGCUUUUCUUUAUCUGGUGGACAUGGACAUGGACCGCCGAGAAGCUUGUUAGCGGCAGUGGAGAUGGUCUUGCAAGACCUUGGCGCGAAUGGGGGAAUAUCGUUGGAUUUGUUGGAUUUGUUGGAGUUGUUCUGUUCUCCUUCGCUUUACCCUGUUAGGCAAGUCCCCUCUGGCCUGCAGGUACUGUUCAUACUUCAUAGGUAGUAGUAUAUAAGUUAUUACUAGCUAUGCCUAUAGGUAGUCUACUAGAGACUAAAAUUGAUCUGUGGCCUAGCUCUUAGGUGUCCUUCAGAGUGGCGUCGGGGUUAGUUCAUUGCUCCUUGACUAUGUUCUAGAAUGGCAUAGACACCGUUGCAGACUUGCAGGGGGGGUUGCGUGGAUCGGAUGUUGUCGUGCUACCUACUACCACUUGGUCCGGCUCAGCAGAAGGGGACUACGUCAGCACAUGAAAGAAGCCAUACAGAAGGUUCCAUGGAGUGGCACGGCAGACGAAGACU